AUGCCCCAAUCAGGCAAGCUCGUGCAGGCCGAGCGGGCGUUCCGCUGUCGAGACCCUGGCGGCCUGGCGAUAGCGGCCCUGCAGCCCCUGAGUUGGAUUCGAACCCUAGGCAUUCCGGUUUUGCAUUCGGGGGGAGCACGCUCCAUGGGCCAUGGGCAUACAGGCAAGGUGUGGACAGAGAUCAUGGGCCGCGGCGACCACGACAGCCACGACGGCCACGACGGUCUGGACGAAGAACAAGCUCACGCCCAGGUCCACAGGGGCCAGCAGGGCUCUGUCCUUUUGAGGGUACGAGGGUGGCCAGAAGGCAAAAAUCGUGGUAUCCUGACAAGUGUCCCGCGCGACCCGGACCCUGGGGUGCCCUCUUCCAAACCCUGGGCUGAUCAACCCUAUGGCCCUGGUGCCUGA